CUUUUAAAUCACCCCCGUGAUUUGACGCGUCCUCGCACAGUUCCAUCCGCUCUAGGCGCUUAACCGCACCUGUCUCUUUCAUUUCUCUGCAACUAAACCCUAAGGGCAGGUCCACCGCCACCGGGUAAUGCGGCGCCGUGUUGAUCACCGCCUUCGGAGCAGAAUAAAGGUAAUGGUGGAAUUGUUAUCCGGUACGGGCAUGACUAUCGCAGGUGACGAGCAGCUUUGUUGAUAUAUAGAGAGAAGAGUGUAGAGGAAGGAUUAUCAUUGAGAAAGAGAAGAAAAAAAAAAACACGCAAUUGAAGAAAGUUAUCUUUUUGGCGUAGUAUGUGUGAUUUGGUGGCCCGCACGGGUCGGCAUCAGCAGCGGUACGAGGCCGGUUGUCGCCUAAUUGCCGGGUGUAUUCCAUUUAGGCUUAGAAGUUCAGACGAGAGUGGAGAUGCGGAUGCUAAGAAGAUUGUUGAGUUGCUUAUGAUUAACUCAACUAGUGGGCCAGGACUUUUGUUUCCAAAGGGAGGCUGGGAGAAUGAUGAAACUGUUGAAGAGGCUGCAGUAAGGGAAGCCAUUGAAGAAGCUGGAGUUCGAGGGGAUCUAAUGGAUUUCCUGGGGUAUUAUCAAUUUAAGAGUAAAACCCACCAAGAUGAGUUCAGCCCAGAAGGUUUAUGUAAAGCUGCGAUGUUUGCUUUGUUUGUAAAGGAGGAGCUCGAGUCAUGGCCAGAGAUGAGCACCCGAACGAGAACUUGGUUGACUGUACCGGAGGCAGUGGAUAGGUGCCGGCAUUCAUGGAUGAGAGAUGCCCUGGAGAAUGGCUUCUCCAAAUGGUAUGCAGAGAGAACAAUGAAUGCAGGGGAGGACAUUUCUGAGCGACAGUGACUUGCUGCGUGUGCAUAAAGCAAAGCUAGGGCAAGUAUAUGGCAGAAUUGUUAUGGGGGCGUUUUUCUUUUGAUUUGUUGUGAGGCAACAGAACAGUAGCAAUGAAAUUGCUGUUCAUGAUUAUAUUGUUAACUUUCUUUUUCUUUUCUUUUUUUUCCUUCCUAUUCUUAUGAGUUUACCUCUCUGACAUAUUUUAAUUCAGAGGGUAUUCAAUGUCAUUUUAGCUUAAGUUUUGGCUUC